AUGUCCGCCUUGAACGAUCCCGGAGGCGAUGAGGCCAACUGCCCGAGGACAUCCUUUGAACCGGCUGAGGAAAAAGAGAGCGACGCCCCCAACACUCAGCGGGCGCGGUGUGCUGAAGCGCGUUCUGUGCGUUCCGUGCGUUCUGCGAACGUGCACGGUGUGCUGCAUGAUGUGGCAAAGACGGAGUUGGCUUCGUGGAAAGCGGCGCUGCGGACGUACGGCUGGGCCCUGGGGAAGACGCGGGUCUUUCUCAAGCAGGAGCCCUACGAAGCGCUGCGCCAGCACCGCGCCACGCUGCGCACGGCGGCCGCCACGCGGCUGCAGAGCAUGGCACGCGGCCGGCGCCAGCGCCAGGCGUUUCUGCUGAUGUGCCGCGGCUUCUUACGACUGCAGGCGCGGCAGCGUGGCGUGCUGGCACGACAGCAGGUGCGCAGCUGGCGCCGCAACAAGGCGGCCACCCAGCUGGCGGCGCAUCUCCGCACGUUUGGCGCCGUGGGUCGCUGGCGGCGCGUGCAGAGGGCCACCCUGCGGCUGCAGAGUUGGCAGAGAGGACACACGCAGAGAGCCCAGUAUCAGGUGGAGGUCGCUCGUGUGCUGCGCCUGCAACGCUGGUGGCGCUCCACCAAGAAGCGGCGCCGCUUCGGGCAGCUGCAGCAGAGCGUCCGGAAGCUGCAGGCCGUGGCACGUGGCUGGCACGGCCGCCGAGAGGCCACGGAGCGGCGCGUGCAGCGCUUCCGCUUGCGUCGAGCGGUCACCCGCCUGGUCCGACUGCGGCGGCGGCAUCAACGAGAGAAGGCCUUCCGUUGGAAGAUGAUGGAGAUGUAUCGAAGAGUGCCCGAUGCACCGACCGCGAAGAGCAAAGAUGAUCUCAUCAAAGAGGUCCUCUUCUUGCGGCAGCUUUGCGAAGAACGCGACACGGAGAUCCAAGACCUCCAGGAGCGCAACGACACCUGGCGCCAGCAGAUCGAGUACUUGAGGCAUCGCAUCUUCUGGCGUUUGCGGGAUUGCCUCCGGCUUGCGGACUGGGGUCAGAUGUCUCAGGCGGAGUGGGAUGUAGCUUGGGUCAGGAAUGGUGGAUGGACAGACCUUUGGGACUUCCCGGACGCCUGGCAUCCACGCAUCGCUUUGGCUCGGGCGGCCUACGCCACCGAGGAGCUGGUGCUGAUGGAUGAUCCCUUCGUGAGUUUCAGCAAGGAUGAGGUGGACCACUUCUUGCAGGUCUUCGAGGAGUCGCCGCUCUUCGCGCACCGCUCCUGCGUCGUGACCGUGGGGAGCGCGGCGCCGUUGCCGCGGCCGGCGCCAGGGCGUCGGUUUUGGCUCUUGGAAGGUGGCACCAUGCAGGAGGUGUCAGAGCCGCCCGAUUUCCUGAACAACGAGGCCUUUCGCCCGCAGCGCGCGCUUCACACCGCACCGGAGCCGACGAGCCUCGUCUGUGGUGGGAAGUCGUCGCUUCAGUCGGAGAGAGCAGGCUCCAUUUGGGGCAAUGCCUUGCGCUUCUUAUCGUUGGCUCCGGGCCAUUCCUUCCUGUGGCUCUUGGUGCUCUUCAGCGACCAACUCUUGCAGAUUGCCGUGGACUGGUGGAUCCUCACGACCGCGGUGAUGGGACCCGUCUCAGACACUUGGCUCACCGAACAGGUGUGGCUCUUCAUUGCAGUGGGAGUGGCCAUGGUCCACCUCCUCUUGAAGCUUUCGGUGGCGCAGCUGGGCGCGCGCUGCUACGUGGCCUGCUGCCUUGCGCAGACGAAGUCGCACGAGUCGCGCAGUGAGGAGCGGGCCAUGGACCUGCACUUCCCUGGGCAGCUUUGGGGGCUUUUGGCCGGUUUCUGUACUUUUCUGGGCUUCUUGAGCCUCAGCCACCUCCGUUUGGGCCUUUGGGCCUUGGCGCUGCUGCCCUUAUACCUCUCCCGGGCGCUCACCGCCACGUCCUCGCACCGAGCGCGCCGGCUCGGCGCCGGUCCGGGCGCCGCGCUGGAGCCGCUGGCGUUGGGGGCGGCGGCUGGGCUACUGGCGGGUGAGGAGAAGCAGCUGGAAACUUGUGAGGAGAAGAUCUUGUCAUCCUUGCUGCUGGAGCGAGAGAGCAGGCCACAGCUCGUACAGCUCGGGGAUUGCCUCAGCGCUUUGUACACCAUCACGGCGCUGCUGCUCGGGAGCCGUUUCAGUGCCCUCCAGGCCAUGUUGACACUCGCGCCUUUCGGAAUGCUGCUGCACUUCGUGGUGCCCUGGACGGAUGCCUUGUACCAGUCAGAGGCCUUGGCAGCUCCGUCCGAGGUAGCUUCAAAGCCAAAGUGA